UGCUGUUGACGUGGAGCUGCCUCACCUCACCUACCAGGAAGUGAUUGAUUUGACACACAGCCAGGAGGAAACUGAAGCAGCCAGAGUUGCACACUUUGGAGAAAGGUUCAGGUCAAAGCGGCCUGUGAUGUUGAAAUGAAGUUUGAUGAAAAAGUGAUCAGCUAUUUUGAAUCUUGCACCUCACCAGUGGACAAAGAAGGGUAUCUCUCCAAGAAGGGCGAAAUAAAGACUUCCUAUCACAAGCGCUGGUGUGUGCUGAAGGGGAACCUCCUCUUCUACAAGGACCGGCCUGCGGACCGGGACCUGACAGGCGUGAUUGUUCUGGAGGGCUGCACUGUCCAGCUGUGCGAGUCCGAGGAACAGUUUGCCUUCUCGCUGGUGUGGAGCGAUCCGGGCCUGCGGACGUACAAGUUUGCUGCAGAGGACCAGGCGAGUCAGGAGAGCUGGAUCAAAGCCCUGCUGUCGGCCAACCACAACUACCUGACCCUGCUGGUGAUGGACCUGGAGAAGAAGUACAGAGAUGCAUUAGUCGAGUUCCCCAAUGAACCAACCAGCCCUUUCACCAUGCCAAAUUUCAACACUGCAGAAGCCUUUCAGGGCGCACAGUCUUCAGCGGUACCUUCGUUUCCAGCCGCAGGUGUAGCAGCGGGAGCCGGUCUGAGCUCCAAUCAGAUGCUCCAAGCUCCGACACUUUCCUCCAGAUCAGCCAAUAAAAGAUCUCCAAAACUGUGGCCUAAGAGGAGUGCGAACGUGGUUCCUGUGAACACUCCUGCUGCAGCGGUAGGGGAGUGGUUAGGGGUCUGCUUAGGCACCAAGGAUGAAUUUAUCCAAUUACAUGAGGAUUUUGGAAAAGAGGUGAAGGAACUGAUUGCUGAUUGGUCAAAAAGGGGACGAGGUGAAGAAGCAGCUGGGGUUGAAAACUUAAUUGAUUUUGGAUAAGUGUGAAGUGCAUACAGAGUGUAAACCUUAACAUUUGAUUUUAAUGUGUGUUUACAUUGCAAAGGUUUUAUGUAAAUAGGUUUUAGAGCUGCAACCAUUUUUGUUUAGAUAUAUUUUUAUAUAUUUGUUGUUUAAGGGCUUCUUUUUUUACUUAUAUCAUAGAGUCAAUAAAAGAUCUCAUGCUA